CCACCCUUUCCCACCACUCUUGCACUUGCCUGUACUCCUCUCCUGCUCUUCUGCCAGAGUGAGUUACUUGUUUGAAGUCGCUGCUCAAGGAGUUUUUGGAGACACUUCGCUCUGUCCUGCCGCCAUCCCUCACAGCCACCAUGGUCCACAGCAGCAGCAGUGUCUGCAGAGUGCUCCUUCUGGUGCUCAUCGGCUUCUUGGUAGCCUUUGUACACACAGAAACGGUCUCAGACUCUGCCUCAACAACCAGGGACAACCAGGACACCAUGUCUGGAGAGCCGCCCAGUGACGUCACCACAAAGGACCCUUUCCAGGACAUGACAGAGCAGUCCUUCACCAGCGACUACGAGGACACCACACACUCCCAGGCCAUGGACGAGGAAGAAGGGGUGCUGGGGCCUGGGGCCAUCACAGCCAUCGUUAUAGCAGUCUUCCUGGGAGCGUCUGUCCUCCUCGCCCUCAUCGUCAUUACACUCAGAAAGUUCACCGCAUCCUAGAGUGAAUGCAUCCCCAUCUCGUGUGUGCAUGGAUGUGUGGGUGGGUGUUGAGUGUUUGCGUGUCUUUUUCGCCUCUCGCCUCAAUCGUCCAAACGAAAACUCCUAACUCUCUCCUCAUCUUUCUCUCAAAGACAAGUCGUGUCUUUUGCUUCGCUGUAGAUGCUGAAAACUGUGGCAGGUCCCUCGACUGGCUAUUUACAGAUUUACACUCUCCUCCUGUAAACUGUUACUCAACUUGUCCACUUAACCCUCAAGGUAUGAUGUUAGAAACUGGCUGGCUCUUCCAGUGGAAAUCGUAACACGUCCAUGUCAUUUUUCUUUUUCUUACAUGCAUGCUCUAAAUGGUUUUUAAUGGUUGUGAGCUGUUUUUUGUCAAGUGUGUGUGCGCCUGUGUGUGUGUGUGUGUGUGUGCUUUUUGCUAAUGUGUGUCUUAUUUUUCCAUUCAAUAUGAAAGACAUUUGAGAUUCAUGUGUCUACAUAUGAGGUUUUUAUUAGUCUUUCACAAUGCCAUGUGCCAAAAAUAAUUUCUAAAAUAUUCCCUCGGUGUCACCCGUGUUCAAGUUUUGAAGUUUGUAUUGCACCAUGUACAAACAUUUGUAGAGUCAAAAUAAGAGGAAAACAUUUUUUAAAAAGGCUCCUUCAAUGAAUGUAAACAGGGUAGUUGGGUUGUUUGUUUUACCUGCAGAGCAAAUAUGAAGUUACAGUGUGGAUGAAUGCAUGUUGUGCACUCAAGUGAGUGUUUAAUUUGUUUUUUGUUUUUUUUGUUGUUGUUGUUUUAUUCAGCAGGGGGGAAAAAUGUAUUUUAGUAAAAUUAUUUUGUCUUUUUCUAUUUGCCUCAGAGUCCUCAGCCAUAUGGCUCCAUGUUGCCAUGGUAACUUCACUGCCCGGUGUUUUUAUUAUGAGAUUUAAAUUGAAUAAAUAAAUCCAAUAAAUCAGGUGCCAAAUGUC